AUGAUUGUCCGUCUGCAGAGUCUGCAGACGACAAGAAAGAUAUGGAAACGCGAUUCCACUUGCAAGGCUCAAGCCUUAUUAGAGAAAAUGUUUUUGGAGAACAAGAUUGAGCCAAGUGCCCUUCCCGCAUUUGUAUACAAGCAGUCGCCCGAGUUUCAAAAAUACUCGUUGAAUGUGUUCAGAACAGCAUUCAACGAGAUAAAAGCUAAAUCUGGCCUUGCAUUGAAGCCAUAUAGUCACAAUGCAGCUCUUUGUUUUGAUGAGGCCAGUGAUGUCAGCCCUGGAGUUUCCCUUCAUAAGCGCGUCAUACUAUUUGAGGGCAAGAUAGAAGGGAUGAACGAUUUCGACUCGCUCAUCGUGCACGGCAAUCAACCUGUGCAGAUGUCGGUCUAUCAGGAUCCAGUAACUAGACGUGAAAAACUCGUCGUCGUUGUCGCCCUCAUUGGGGGUGUGGGUGACGCCAAGUUUUCGCUGGUGGGAGAUGGCCCAGGAACUAGGACUGCAAGGAUCGAUUAUUCCUGGCCCGUUACUGCAGUCGACAUCGAAGCUAUAUUUCAACAAGAAAUUCAAAAUGGAGAAAUUCCCUCCUGUCACCCUUUGAUUGAAGCCCUUAAAAAAGAUCUAGAAAAAUCUCGUUCGAGUGUUGAGGAAAUCUCCAGAGGAAUGGAGUUAACCUUGCCCAUUUCGGUGCAAACUGUGGCUAACUCCAUAUCCAUUACGGGGAAAAGAAACAAAGACGGAACAAAGUAUCUCGUUGUCAUAUUGAUGGGAUACCAGACUGCGUAUACAAUAAAAGAAAAAGAUAAAAUCGUUAUUUUCAAAGAUAUGUGA